AUGCCGUCACAGGCACCAAGUCUCGCAGCGCACUCGCUCGCUCCCUCCUCCCACUACAGCUCCUACACUCACAACAACAUCACAGAAGAAAAGCAGCACCCCAUGCAGAUGGAGACCCCCAAGUUCCCCUUGGCCGGCCCGGGGUAUGUGAUAUUAAAUCUGGUUCGGGUCAUGAACAUCAUCAGCCUCCUCGUUGUCAUCGCCGCAAACAUCAUCCUGCUGAUAAAGAUCGUCCUUGCUGCCAGUUUCUUCUUCUUUGAAGCUGUCACUCACGUUGCCAUAUUCAAGGCGUAUUUUGACCGAAACUGGCCUCUUCUGGGCGAAGACUCCGGGUUUGUCACCCUCGGAAGUGCCAUGGUGCUACUCGGCAUCUCAACUCUGGGAGAGCUGAAUAGCCCGGCCAGUCGCCAAAAAGAAAUAGGCCUGCCCUUCUGGAAACUCAUCCUCGGAGCUGGUGUUGUAUCAAUUGUCAUCGGGAGUCUCAAUAUCGCCCUGAGCUACGUCUUCCGGGAUUCGGAUAUUGGAAUCUCUGCACGCCAUGUUCGUGCUCGAGGAGCCGUCGCUACUCAAGACGUAGUCUCCCGCAAGGACAGCUACAGAUCCUUCAAGCUCUCACACAAGAGCUCUCUGAAUACCUACAAAUCUUCAUCUACUACUUCCCGGCUAGGCUCAACUCGACAAACACGGCAUCCCCAGCCCCCUAAUGGGUAUCCAGUGCACAUCUCUUCUCCGAUGGACGCCUUCUCGGCGCCGCCCACAAAUGCAUCCAGGUCACCAGUGCCAAUGCAUAUGCCUAUGCCCAUGCCUUCUUCAGAGAUUGCCGCUCCCGAUCUAGCUCACCAUCCUGCAAUGUAUUCUAAUUAUAUUUGA